UUGAAGCAGUCUUCAAUUUAGUUUGUGCAACUUUUGGUUAAGAAUAGAAUUUUUUAUUGAGAUUAUCAUUGUGCAAUAAAUAAAUUUGAAUAAAUGAAAAUGCGUUUAGUUGAGAAAAACGAAGAACGAGCUUUUAUCAUCGAUUGUCUUAAAGUAUACAAGUCUCUUCCAGCGUUAUGGGACGCCAAAUCGCCGGAAUACCGCAAGAAAGAUAAAAAGAAUGAAGCUUAUGAGAUUUUAGUUCGUAAAUUUCGAGAGAAGUAUACAAACAUAAAUCGGAAAGAUGUGACCAAAAAAAUUAAUACGCUGCGAACCAAUUUUCGCAAAGAAGUAAAACGUCUUUCACAAGAAAGACGUGAUGUGUCCAAAUUAUGGUACUUUGACGACAUGAAAUUUCUAAUAGACCAUAUAGAAAUGAAAGAAGAGAAUUUCCAUAUUGUGUACGAAGACGGCGAACCGUUAAAUAUAGAAAUCAUUGAUGAAUCAUCUACACUUCCCGACAAAAGUAUUAAACUAAAUAAAAGUGAAUAUGGAAUGCAGUCGAGCGCUGCGAACAUUUCUCAUACUGGAUCAUUAGGCGAGUAUGAACUUAAGUUGGCCGAGACUUGGGCUAUGGAACUGCAAAAGAUGACGCCCGAACAACAGAUUUACGCUAAGAAAGCCAUUAAUGAUAUAAUUUAUGAAGGCCAGCUAGGAAACUUAUACCGAGAUUGUGUACAAAUUUACCCGCCAUGAAUAAGAAUGAUAAAACUUGUAUAACUUUGAGUUGUAUUCAAUAGUCCUUAAUACUAAAGUUAAAACUCUAAAAUAUAUUUGUAAAUUUUCCA